UCUGUUCGGCAGAAGUGGGUCGGAUCCGGAAACUUUGACUGUUUUGGACAUAUUUCCACAUCAAAGUUCCGGUUAGCCGUUAGCUUUAGCUAGCUUCCCCAACACCGGCCGGUAAGGUUUCGGUCCGGAUGCACGACGGGAAGUUCCGAGAAGUUCGGUGAUCAUUAUGUUUCAUGGAUCAAUAACGGAACCAGAACCAGUUCAGUGGAGCGUCAGGCUCUCAGGAUCCAGGCUGUGAUUGGUCAGCUGGCUGUCAUCAUGCAGCUGGCCAAUGAGAAGCUGCCAGCUCAGCUGAGGCGAAGCUCCAGACUCAGGAAGAUGGCCGCCAUCCUGAUCGCUGCCUACGCUGUCAAAAAGCUGUCUCCGUACAUGUGGAGGAGGCUACAGAGAGGGGCAGCAGGUGAUGAGGGAGGCGGGGCUAAAACACCUGUGGGCGUGGUCAGCACUGUGGAGGGCAGGGAAGAUGAGAAGAAGAAGAAAGUGGACAGGUCUCCAUCAGUCAACAGAGACUUCGUCCUCAGACUGUCUCACCUGCUGAAGCUCCUGUUUCCACGGUUACUGUGUCCAGAGUUUGGCCUGCUCGCUCUGCACUCCAUCACCCUGAUGUCCCGCACCUUCCUGUCCAUCUACGUGGCUUCUCUAGACGGUAUGAUCGUCAGGUGCAUCGUGCAGAAAGAUCCGCGCGCCUUCGUGCUGCAGCUGUCCAAGUGGCUCCUCGUCGCAGUUCCUGCGACGUUCAUCAACAGCGCCAUCAGAUUCCUGGAGGGUCAGCUGACCCUGAGCUUCAGGAGUCGAUUGGUCAGCCACGCCUACCAGCUGUACUUUACCAACCAGACGUAUUACCGCAUCAGCAACAUGGACGGCCGUCUGUCCAACCCGGACCAGUCUCUGACCGAGGACAUCGUGAUGUUCUCUGCCUCCGUCGCUCACCUGUACUCCAACCUGACCAAGCCCAUCCUGGACGUGGUGGUCACCUGCUACACGCUGCUGCGCACCGCCCAGUCCAAAGGGGCCGACACCACAUGGCCCUCUGCCAUCGCCGGCCUGGUGGUGGCGCUCACCGCCAAGGUGCUGCGCUCCUGUUCGCCGCACUUUGGGAAGCUGGUGGCCGAGGAGGCAAAGAGGAAGGGAGACCUGCGCUACAUGCACUCACGCAUCAUCGCCAACUCCGAGGAGAUCGCUUUUUACGCCGGACACAAGGUGGAGCUGUCCCAGCUGCAGCGGAGCUACGCCUCCCUCUCAUCUCAGAUCCAUCAGAUCCUGCUGAAGCGGCUCUGGUACGUCAUGCUGGAGCAGUUCCUCAUGAAGUACGUCUGGAGCGCGUCCGGUCUCGUCAUGGUGGCCGUGCCCAUCAUCACCGCCACAGGAUACUCCAAAAAUGACUCUGAGGAGGUGAAGCGGGCAGCCAUGGUAAUGAAAGAGGAGGAUCUGGUCAGUGAGCGAACGCAGGCCUUCACCACAGCCAGGAACCUCCUGAACGCCGCCGCCGACGCUGUGGAGAGGAUCAUGAGCUCCUACAAGGAGGUGACGGAGCUGGCCGGCUACACGUCCCGCGUCUGGGAGAUGUUUGUCGUGUUUGAGGACGUGAGCCGAGGAAUCUACCGCCGCUCCGCCGACCCAGAGGAACCAGCAACCCGCCGAGGAGCAGCGGUCCUGCAGGGCCAGAGGAUCAGCGGCCCGCUGCAGAUCAGAGGUCAGGUGAUCAGCGUGGAGAAUGGGAUUCGCUGUGAGAACCUGCCCAUCAUUACGCCUACUGGAGACGUUGUGGUAUCCAGCCUCAACAUUCAGGUGGAGGACGGGAUGAAUGUUCUGAUUACGGGUCCAAAUGGCUGCGGGAAGAGUUCGCUGUUCAGGAUCCUCAGUGGGCUCUGGCCCGUUUACAGAGGAGCUCUGUACCGACCAGAACCGCACAACAUGUUCUACAUCCCCCAGAGGCCUUACAUGUCAGAGGGAACCCUCAGAGACCAGGUCAUCUAUCCGGACUCGGUGGACGACUUGGUCCGGAAGGGACUGACGGAUUCGGACCUGGAGGAGAUCCUCCGGACCGUCCACCUGCUCUACAUCCUGGACAGGGAGGGCGGCUGGGAGUCUGUCAGCGACUGGAAAGAUGUUCUUUCUGGAGGAGAGAAGCAGAGGAUGGGGAUGGCCCGCAUGUUCUACCACCGGCCGCGGUACGCCCUCCUGGAUGAAUGCACCAGCGCCGUCAGCAUCGACGUGGAGGGAAAGAUCUUCCAGGCUGCAAAGGAUGCUGGGAUAGCGCUGCUGUCCAUCACCCACCGGCCCUCCCUCUGGAAGUACCACUCCCACCUGCUGCAGUUCGACGGAGAGGGAGGCUGGAAGUUUGAGCCGUUGGACGCCUCCGCACGCCUGUCCAUGCAGGAGGAGAAGCAGCGCCUGGAGAACCAGCUGUCUGGGAUUCCCAGGAUGCAGCAGCGGCUGUCCGAGCUGCGGCUGCUGCUGGGGGAGCUGGAGGACGAGGACACGGCGGAGGGCCGGGUCACAGCGGCGCCGCUCUGCUAGAGGGAGCGCGCACGUGACCGCGCACGUGUGUUCUGGGGAGGCACCUGAGCAUCCACGUAAUUUAAAUUUUUAACCAGUUCCUGUUUGCUGUCUGAGGCUCCGCCCCUUCCUGCCCGUUGUUCCGGGUCAGAGGUCACCUGCCCUGGACAGCAGACACACCUGUGGUGUGAGGAACCUGGUUGUGGUCCCACAUUUCAAAGCUUUUAGUAACUGAUUGUUAUUAAUUAUUACAUGUUGAUGUCAUCCAUGAUGCUGCAGUCGCUGCUUCAGCUGCCGAGCCUCACCUGUCAGGGGGCAGAGUUUCACCUGCAAACGACCCGGUUAAACCUGAACCAGUACACUGAUGGAUCAGCAGUCAGAAUCAGUCUGCUUCUGUUCCCUACCUGUGAUUGGCCACCUGCAGAUGACUCCGCCCCCUCUCAGGUGAGCUCCAAUCAGACAGGAAGCUGCUGCUGGUCACAGCUGUUACUCCCAGGACCGUGCGUCCCUGGGGGCGUGCACGUAUCCC